CCUCGGUUUCCAUCCCCCCCCCCUCUCUGAAAGAACAAGCCAGACAAGGGCGCCUGCGACCAAACGAUGGGCAUCUUUCACCUGCCCGACCCUUUCACAGCUGCUCUGAGCCCUGUAACGGCCGCAGCCGCCUCAUCGGUGCUCACGCUGUCCUAUGUCGGAGGCCUGUAUGUGUCCACGCGCACGCGGGUCGGUCGGAGCCAGAAGGAGGGCGCGGCGCUCAUCAGCAGAGACGAUGCCGCCGUCGUCAAGGCGCGCAUGAAGACAGCCAGCGUCGUCUCGCUGGCUUCCUUGGCUGCUGCCGGCGCGAUCUUGAACAACGGCGGAGCUUUCAAUGGCCAGCAUCCCCUCAUCGCAACCUUCUCUACGCUGCGCGCUCUCGGCAUGCCGUUGCCCGCCCCGUCGAUUCUCCACUCCAAUACCCUUCCCUUCACCCCGUCGGUGACGCUCUUCAGUCUGCACCACGUCCUUCCCGCUGUGCUCUCCCCACUGCUCCUCACCUCGACGCUCUUUCUUGGGCCCCUCUACGUCUGCUUUCUUGACCGAGAGCUGCCCGGCCAGCGCAUGUUCAACUACUCGACCAUGGUCAGAGCGCGUUGGGACAACGUCUGGGGGCUUCGAAACUACGUCGUGGGACCGCUGACAGAGGAGGUCGUCUUUCGGGCCUGCAUUCUGAGCCUUCACUACUUUGCAGGCAUCAAGAACAAGGCCUUGCUCGUCUUUGCGACACCCAUUUACUUUGGCGUUGCGCACCUACACCACGCCUACGAGGCAUAUGUCGAGUCGGGGAGGACAAAGGAAGGCCUUAAGAGGGGCCUUCUUCGAGCCGCCGUGCAAUUUGCCUACACGAGCGUCUUUGGCUGGUACGCCAACUUCCUCUUCCUGCGGUCUGGCACAAUCGUGGCGCCCCUGGUGGCCCAUAUCUUUUGCAACAUUGCCGGCUUGCCUGCUCCGGCUCAAGCUGCCGAGCGCUUUGAAAGGAGAAAGUGGGCCAUCUACGCGACACACGCUCUGGGCAUAGUCGCAUUUGGCUACAAUCUCUUCAAGUGGACAGUCCCUGGCCUCUAUGGCGGAUCACUGUUCUGGUCCUAGCCAGUCAGCCAGCCAGCCAGCCAGCCAGCCAGCCGUCAGGAGAGAAAAAGACGAGACACCAUGAUGGUGGCUUGGCUGAGAGUGGAAAAACUGAUCUCCACUUUGGUCGUCCCUGACUUCUAAUUGUGACCGAGCUAGAAGGAAGCGCAAGCAGGGCGCGCGCGGCCCCACUGGCCGGCCUCGGGUUCCGAUUUAUCUAUGUAGCUGGGUUAUACUCUCCCCGCAUCUGAUGGGUCGGCAAGCUUCUGCCUGGUCAAUGUAAUAAUGUCAGAGGUAUUUGUGUGAAAUACCUUCCUUCUCCUCUCUCUCUCAUCCUUUUCCUGCCUUCCUCCCAACCCACGCCAUGGCUUCAGCCCUAUUUCCGCUCAUCGGCGUCGUCUUCUUGGGCCUGGCCAUCCUGCUCCAGGUGAACGUCGUGCCCGUUGUCCGGCACACGCUGGGCGUGGGCCAAGCGGUGCGGCCCGUCAACAAUGGACAAUGCCAAAAG